GGGGCUGGGCUGCGGCCCGCGCUGGGCCGGCGAUGCUGGGCGGGAGCCCCGAAGCACCGGAGCACGAGGCUGAGGGCGACGGGGCGGGGGUUCUUCCUGCGCCGCCUGUCAUCGACUUCCCGACGGAGGGCUCGGACCCCAAGUACGAUGAGUCCGACGUUCCAGCAGAACUCCAGGUCCAGGUGUUAGAAGCACCGCAGCAGCAGCCGACCUUCCCUUUUGCAGUUGCCAACCAACUGUUGCUUGUUUCUCUGCUAGAACACUUGAGCCAUGUGCAUGAGCCAAACCCACUUCGUUCAAGACAAGUGUUUAAAUUGCUUUGUCAGACCUUUAUCAAAAUGGGGCUGCUGUCUUCUUUCACCUGUAGCGAUGAAUUUAGCUCAUUGAGGCUACAUCACAACAGAGCCAUCACUCAUUUGAUGAGGUCAGCUAAAGAGAGAGUUCAUCAGGAUCCUUGUGAGGAUAAUUCUCAUUUCCAGAAGAUCAGAUCAAGGGAAGUAGCCUUUGAAGCACAAACUUCACGGUACUUAAACGAAUUUGAAGAGCUUGCCAUCUUAGGAAAGGGUGGAUAUGGAAGAGUAUACAAGGUCAGGAAUAAAUUAGAUGGUCAGUAUUAUGCGAUUAAGAAAAUCCUGAUUAAGAGUGCAACUAAGACAGAUUGCAUGAAGGUACUACGGGAAGUGAAGGUGCUGGCAGGUCUUCAGCAUCCUAACAUUGUGGGCUACCACACUGCUUGGAUCGAGCAUGUUCAUGUGGCCCAAACGCAAGCAGAUAGAAUUUCUGUUCAGUUGCCAUCUCUGAACGUGAUCUCUGCCCAGGAGGAUGACAGUGAUCAAUAUGAUGUUAAAAAUGAUGAAAGUAACAGCUCAUCCAUUAUCUUCGCCGAGUACACCUCAGAAAAAGAAAAAUCCUUAGGAGAGUCUGGCGUUGAACAUCAGAAUAACAAGUUGGUGAACUACACCACCAAUUUAGUCCCAAGAGAUGCCAGUGAGUUUGAAUCAUCCAUUGAGCUCCAAGAAAAUGGCUUGGCUGAGUUGUCUUCCAUGUCGAUUGCUGAGAAGCAGCUGCCGCUGAGGCUUAAUUCAGACUUAGAGGGGAAUUUCACGUCUACCGAGGAAUCUUCUGAAGAAAACUUCAAGUUCGUGGGACAGACAGAGGUGCAGUACCACCUGAUGCUGCACAUCCAGAUGCAGCUGUGCGAGCUGUCGCUGUGGGACUGGAUCGUGGAGAGGAACAGGCGGGGUCGGGAGUGUGUGGACGAGUCAGCCUGUCCUUAUGUUAUGGCCAGUGUUGCAACAAAAAUUUUUCAAGAAUUGGUGGAAGGUGUAUUUUACAUACAUAACAUGGGGAUUGUGCACAGAGACUUGAAGCCCAGAAAUAUUUUUCUUCAUGGCCCUGAUCAGCAAGUGAAAAUAGGAGACUUUGGUCUGGCCUGCACGGACAUCAUACAGAACACAGACUGGACCAGCAGGAAUGGGAAGAGAACACCAACACAUACUUCCAGAGUGGGUACUUGUCUGUACGCGUCACCCGAACAGUUGGAAGGAUCUGAGUAUGAUGCCAAGUCCGACAUGUACAGCUUGGGUGUGAUCCUGCUGGAGCUCUUCCAGCCAUUUGGAACGGAAAUGGAGCGAGCACAGGUUCUCACAGGUUUGAGAAGUGGUCAGAUACCCGAGUCCCUCAGUCAGAGGUGUCCCGUCCAGGCCAAGUGCAUCCAGCAGCUAACCAGGAGGAACGCGUCCCAGCGGCCGUCCGCCGUGCAGCUGCUGCAGAGUGAGCUUUUCCAGAAUUCCGGAAGUGUUAAUCUCACCCUGCAAAUGAAGAUACUGGAGCAAGAGAAAGAAAUCGAAGAACUAAAGAAGCAGCUAAGCCUCCUUUCUCAGGACAAAGGGGUUAAGGAUAAUAUGAAAGAUGGGGGCGUUCCCGUCUAGCUUUAUUAGGCUGUAAAGUAUGAAGGUGGACUACUUCAACUCUUUAAGCUCAAAUCAACUGGAUUGUAUAGUUUCAAUCUUUAUGGGGGUAUAGAUGAUGAAAUACUUAAGUUUGUAUAUGACUUAAGUGAGGUGUGGAAGUACCCUCAAUUCCUUAAGUAUCUUUCCUGAUCUAGCAUUUUGAACUUGACUGCUCUAAAACCUACUGUGCUCUGUCCCCUCUUCUGUCCCACAAGCUCCUAUCCUGGGUCUCUUAAUACUACUGUCUAGUCUCUCAGACUAAAAGUUUACACAUCACCCUCAGUUCUUUUCUCUUUUGAACUCUGCCUGUCGACCACCAAAUCCUCCCCUAGAAGCUUGCACUGUAGAAAUCUGAGUGUGCUCACACUCACUGUGCAUGAGCUGGACUGGUGGUGUAGACAGCUGCCAUUUUCCCUGACCCUGUCCCAUGCUACCAGUUAGCUACCAGAGGACACGUCAUCAUGCCCUGGCUCAAAGCCUUUGCUGCCUCUAAGGUAAAAUGUGAACUUCUUAAGUGUACAUCAUCCCGCCUAUUUCUUUCUUUCUUUUUUUAUCCUCACCCAGGACAUUUUUUGUUCAGGUAGAGUGGGAGGGAGAGAGAGGAAGAGAGAGA